UUCAAACAUGGCGGACAUGACAACAACAACAGACAUGAGGGAGUUUCAAGUCAAAAACUCGUCAGUGUUUGGGCUUGUUCUUGAGAGCUCGACAGCGUUUAGUCCCGUUCCAGAUAGCCGAGAUGGGAAGGGGAGAUUUUGUACUCUUCUAGAAAUCUGUGCAGCUGCCAUCACGAAGUACCAGUCUCUACUGCAGAUAGCGAUUGAUAUCGUACCCCGUGUACUACUGUGCACGCUGUUGAAAGAAGCCCUCUUGAGAUCACACCACCUGUGUAUCCGAGACUUGAUCUCCAGCUGGCCAGGGAGAUCGCUGGAUUUCACCGAGAUCUUGGGACCUCAGCACAGACACCAUGUCUUGGACUUGCUCAACUGGGAGUCUGGCCGUGCCAAAGUAAUCACUCACAGCUUGCUGAACUGUCAAAGUGAAGCUCUGCAAGUGGUGGAUUUGAGAGAAGCUCUGCCAAAUCGAGAGGCGACUGCCACCUUCGUAGAAGCGUCACUACAGUCCCACAGACAGCAACGUACUAAAGAUCUUCAUGUAUACCUGAACAUGUGGAUAGAGAACCCACUGAAGGAGGGAGGAAGGGUUGCAAAAGCAUUAUCAGCUCAGGGGAAGGGACUCAAGCUCCACCCCUGUAGAGUAGCCACAGUCUUCCUGGGCUUUUCUCUGGAGAGACUGGGGAGAAGACUGGAUCCUCAGGUACUCACUGGACUGGAGUUGAAGUCGGAAAUGUUAGAAUCAGCUGAUGCCUUUGCUACGCUUCUCAGGGGCGGAAAGUUCCCAAACCUCUCAUCACUCAGCCUGCCCAACUUUGUCAAGAGACUGGAAUCAGGAGGCUUUCAGAGUCUGAGAGAAGUUCUGUCCUGUCUGCCCGCGCUGCGCAGGCUGCACCUGAACGGUCUGCAGGUGACGGGACAGCUGCGGCAGCUGCUGCAGGACGUUCCACCCCUGCUGCAGCUGAAUCUCUCCCACUGCAGACUCAGUCCACCAGAUGUCGUGUUCCUGUCCAACUCCCACCACGCUGAAGCCUUGCGAGAGCUCAGCAUUUCAGGCAUGACUAACUUUGAUGCCAUGUGUCUGUUGGUGAGGAGUGCCCCACAGCUGGUGUGGUUGGACCUGAGUGAUUGUCCAAAGUGCUUUGAAGAUGACUUUAAAGUCCUGAUGACCAGAUUUCUACUGCAAUGUUCUUUCUCCAAACUCCACACCCUUGACUGCAGAGGAAAUUCGUACACGGCAGAGCCUUCCACCCCUGUCCUUGAUAUUUUUAGAGUUUGUAAUAAGAUAAAUACCCUAAAAACCGUAUAUUUAGAUGCUCUGUAUUUUGAUGACUUGAAUGAGGAAGAAGCUAGUGCUGUUCUAGGAACCAUGGACAGCAAAAACAGGCCCAUACAUGUGAAAGUUCUGCAUGAUCAAGACACAUAUAAAACCUUGUACAAAAUCUGUUAUACAGAAACAGUCACAUAGGCAUAUUCUGGGUUUGGUUGUUUACCAUCAUAGUUUGAUGUUGCAUUUGGGAAUUACCAUAGCCCACAUGUUGUAACAAGCAUAUACCAUCCUGCUCAGUAAAUAAUCUUUUGUACUGUUAGAAGUAUGUCUGAAUCUUAGUUAUUAUAGAGAAGAAGUUUGCCUUCCUGCAGCAGGAAAUUCAUCAGCUUGAUUUCAUUACAAGGCUCAAAGUCACCUGCUAGAGUCAAUUCUUAUUUCAGCAAAUUCAGUUCACCUCGAUUUUAUUGACAUUACAGGGAUGGGACUGACAGUGUUGAAGAACUCCCUUUGUCCACAUAUCCCCGGUCUAUUUAAUUGCAUGUGCAGCCUUGGUGCUGACACUACCAGAUGUUCUUCUCAUAUGAAAGAAAUUGUAGGACGAACCAACUUCCCGUGUUUGCUCUGGGAAUAAAAUGUAUCCUCUUUUGAUGUCUCUCUUGAUUCUUAUCUUUGGGGAAAAGGACCUGGAAUCUGCUGUAUGUGACAGAACACAGAAACGAGCCCUAG